CGAACUGAAAAUAACACUAAAAAAAUGGUCGGGACGGGCAUAGUGCCGUAUACCUUACCUCAGAAUUUAGGAACCUUCCUGGAAACUGUAAUUUGAUAUUCAAUACGAUACUUGUUGUCUGUAAAUACAACUUUCCGAAAUUUCCAACCUACUUUUGAUAAGCUUAAUAGAUUUCACAUGUAGCCAUUCAGUUGAUAUGUCAGCAUCGAUUCCCAGAGAAAUUAGUUAAAAUUAUUGAGACCUUGUAUUGCUAUAAAUAGCCAUUUCAUUUUGAUCAAGUCGAAUCAAAUUACGAGAUGGAAAGCCACAGAGAUACGAGAAGUGGUGAUCAGUACGAAGAUCUGUUACCUGUCAUGGCGGAGAAGCUGGACGUGGAGGCGUUCGUGUCAGAGCUGUGUGGCGGAUUCAGGCUAUUAGCUGAUCCUGCAAGCGGAUUGAUCACGUCCGAGAGUUUGAAGAAAAAUUCAGGGCUUCUUGGAAUGGAAGGGAUGAGCAAAGAAGACGCGGAAGCGAUGGUUAAAGAAGGAGACCUGGACGGAGAUGGAUCGCUUAAUGAAACGGAGUUUUGUAUAUUGAUGGUGAGGCUAAGUCCUGGUAUGAUGGAAGAUGCUGAAGCGUGGCUUGAUAAGGCUCUCCAGCAUGAAGUUGAGAGUCUGCUUUGAUCCGAGUUUGAGUUGGCUAUAUAUACAUGGUUCAUCUUAAUUUCUUACUUUUAUCAAUAAAUUCUCCUACUUA